CCAUUCAACAACAAACCCAUUUCACAAAUCUUAAAAGGCGAUCAAUCAUAAGCUCAAAAUGUCAGGGAGAGGAAAGGGAGGCAAAGGGCUAGGAAAGGGAGGAGCCAAGAGGCACCGCAAGGUCCUGCGUGACAACAUCCAGGGUAUCACCAAGCCAGCCAUUCGGCGUCUGGCUCGUCGUGGCGGAGUCAAGCGAAUCAGCGGCCUCAUCUACGAGGAGACUCGAGGUGUGUUGAAGAUCUUCUUGGAGAAUGUGAUUAGAGAUGCUGUCACGUAUACUGAGCAUGCGCGAAGGAAGACGGUUACCGCUAUGGAUGUUGUGUAUGCGUUGAAGAGGCAGGGCAGGACUCUUUAUGGAUUUGGGGGUUAGGGUUUGUUUGGAAAUGUUAAGGGCGUGUUUGGUGUUCUUUUUAAUGUUCUCAGUAUGUAAAGGAAUUGUAGUUGUUGGUAUCAAAUGUUCGAAUUCGAAGUUAAAUGGAAUUGCGUUUGUUUCAA